UGGAAAGACUAUUACGACGGCUUGCUUGCAUUCUACCUCCGUCGCAAUAUGAAAUUCGACUCGGAUGCGCUGCCUGCCUUCUCCGGUGUACUCAAAGUGCUCUCCAAAACGCUCGGCCCGUUUCAUUUUGGUCUUCCGAAGAAGUACUUUGGUCGCUCAUUGCUCUGGACCGAUCCUCAUUAUGGCGUCUUCAAAAGGCGGGCACAUUUUCCAAGCUGGUCGUGGGCAGGUUGG